UUGGGGGAGACUUCCGGCCCCCACCCGCGCCACGACUUUAUAAGGUCUCUUCCCAUGAUUCUCUCCUUCUCUUCGCCAUCUUUCCUCUUACCGUGGAGCCGCCGCCAUGAAGGUCGAGCUGUGCAGUUUCAGCGGGUACAAGAUCUACCCCGGACACGGGAGGCGCUACGCCAGGACCGACGGGAAGGUUUUCCAGUUUCUUAAUGCAAAAUGCGAGUCGGCGUUCCUUUCCAAGAGGAAUCCUCGACAGAUAAACUGGACUGUCCUCUACAGAAGAAAGCACAAAAAGGGACAGUCGGUAAGUGGAAUAGCCUUGAUGUUGUGGGGCUGUCUCUUAAGUUGUUUAAGCUCCCUGAACGUUGGUUUUCUGCUGUGUAAAAUUAAGUCAGACUGUAUGCAAAAGUGCUCCUAAACUGUAAAGCAUCAGCUAAAUAGAAACUGUCUCUAUAUAUCUUAGGCUAACAGCUAUACCGAGUUGAAAUUUUAAAGUCAGAUAAAUCACGUUAAGCACAUUUGGGUUAUAGGGCACGCUGGAAAGGCUCAAGUUUUCCAGUGGGAGGAAAUUGAGUAGUUGCCAUAAUUGGUUUUGAUUACAAUAUUUAUAGGAUUCGUCCUAACGUAGCCAUCAGUUGGCUGUGAACCAGUCCACCGUACUGGUUCGUUCUCAAGAUAAUGGUUUUUCUGGUCCUUAAGUGUCCUUUCAGCUGGGUGAAGGAGGUACGUGAGAAAAAGUUUGAGUGCCAUGGUAGGAGUAGUAUUCAGGAGGCUUGGGUAGGCUUAGCACCUUUUUGAUGAAGCACUUUUCUAGGUAUUGUGAGAAAUAAAUGCCAUCAGACAUAAAAUAUGUUGAAAGUUAAGAAGGAGGAGGAACUUAAAAGUGGAUAUGAUGCACCUAUUAGGGUGACUGUUCAG